GGAGCCACAGCCCUUAGAGAUAAACAAGGUUUCCUUGCAGGGAUUACAGAUUUGGGAAAUCACCUGCCAAAAUGACAGACAGAAGCCCCUUUGAGACAGACAUGCUCACCCUAACUCGCUUUGUGAUGGAAAAGGGUCGGCAGGCCAAAGGUACAGGGGAGAUGACCCAGCUGCUCAACUCCAUGCUGACAGCAAUCAAGGCCAUCUCCUCGGCUGUGCGGAAGGCGGGCCUGGCCAACCUGUACGGAAUCGCAGGAAGUGUGAACGUGACUGGAGAUGAGGUGAAGAAACUGGAUGUGUUAUCCAAUUCCCUGGUCAUCAAUAUGCUCCAGUCUUCCUACAGCACCUGCGUCUUGGUCUCGGAAGAGAAUAAAGAGGCUAUCAUCACAGACAAGGAUAAGAGGGGGAAAUAUGUGGUCUGCUUUGAUCCACUGGAUGGAUCUUCCAACAUUGAUUGCCUUGCCUCCAUUGGAACCAUAUUUGCUAUCUACAGAAAGACCACAGAGGAUGAGCCUUCAGAGAAGGAUGCCUUGCAGCCUGGACGCAAUAUUGUGGCUGCUGGCUAUGCACUCUAUGGGAGUGCAACCCUGGUGGCUCUUUCCACAGGGCAAGGAGUGGACCUUUUCAUGCUUGACCCGGCUCUUGGUGAAUUUGUCCUGGUGGAAAAAGACAUCAAGAUAAAGAAGAAAGGAAAGAUUUACAGUCUCAACGAGGGAUAUGCCAAAUAUUUUGACUCUGCCACCACUGAAUAUGUGCAGCAAAAGAAAUUUCCUGAGGUGAGUGAGGAAAUACAGCUCAGACUCCUGUAUGAGUGCAACCCAGUGGCCUACAUCAUUGAGCAGGCUGGAGGCUUAGCGACCACAGGCACACAGCCAGUGCUGGAUGUGAAGCCGGAGGCCAUUCAUCAGCGAGUCCCUCUCAUCCUGGGAUCUCCAGACGACGUGCAGGAGUAUCUCAACUGUGUACAGAAAAGCCAGGCAGGCAGUUAGUGGGUGUGACACCCUCCCACCCCCACCGACUCUCUUUUCUGUCUUGAACCUUGCCCCAAAGAUGCUACAUAAAUGAUAAAUGGAGAGGGUGGUGAUGGAGAACCCCAAAAGCAAAUCCCUUAGUCAUAUCCCUAAGCAACCACAAACCUGCCAGCGACAGGCCCAGAUGCCAGAGGUCAAGGUCAAGGGCUAAAAAUAAAA